CUUCGUCGCUGCAGCCCCUUCACAGUGGCCCCCUUCACUCGUCGCUGCAGCAGCCACUCCCCCUCCCCAAGCACUGCCGAUGCCAAAGGGCGGGUCGCGACAGCCGCGGCAGGUGUCCAGCCUUCCGACGCUGGCUGCGCUGACGCUCUUCACCGGCACGAUGUUUGCCGUCCCGCUCCUCAUUCACCGUCGGCACAUGCGCCUGAACAACCAGACGCCGCUCGCGACGAGCGACAAGCCGCUCUCGGCGGCUCAGGCGAGCCGAGGCGCCUACCUCAACACGGGCUCCGGAGCUGCGGCGAGCACCGUGCGGAAGCGACACCCGAAUCCCGAGACGUUGCGCUCCCACCGUAGGCUCAAAGGACGUGGGGCUGGACCCAGACUUUGACCCCAAAACAGGUACGUACAAGGGCAGAAAGGCGCAGAUCGCAGAUGCGAGCGCGGGAGGCGAUCAGGGCGGCGUCUGGAGCCGGUAGUGCGCGGGCGAGAAAGUGGGUGGCGCGCUGCCGUGCAUGCCGCUGUGAGUUUGCCGCUCGAGACGGUCGGGAAGAGAGGCGACGACCGGCCGCACGCGGCGGCGUUCUCGAGCGUUCGCUGCGCGAGUGCCGCGACACCAAUGACACCGCCCCUGUUUGUGUGGAGUGCGCCACGGGCUCGCGUUCACACUGUAUAUAGUGUAUUACCGCACGUAUAUACCGAGUAGAGCCGGAGCGGGGAAGCAAACAUACCGCCACAGUCUCCACUUGUUGUGGACUUUGCGUUUCGUCCACCCACAUUGGGCCACAGCGCGAAAAAAAACUGAGUAAAACACACUGUGAAGGGCUCGUUCGCUUACCACCCACUGUGAUUUUGUGUGAGCUCUGUGUCUUCCUUUGCCAACAACAUACCUA